GGGCGGAACAGAGGAUCCUUCAUUCGCUCUGAACCAUGGGCUGUACUCUGAGCGCCGAGGAGCGCGAAGCUCUGGACCGGAGCAAGGCCAUCGAGAAGAACCUGAAGGAGGAUGGCGUCACGGCGGCCAAGGACGUCAAGCUGCUGCUGCUCGGCGGCGGGGAGUCGGGCAAGAGCACCAUCGUGAAGCAGAUGAAGAUCAUCCACGAGGACGGGUUCUCAGGGGACGACGUGAAGCAGUACAAGCCCGUGGUCUACAGCAACACCAUCCAGAGCCUCGCCGCCAUCCUCAGGGCCAUGGACUCCCUGGCCAUCGAGUUUGCGGACAAGGAUAGAAAAGCGGAUGCUAAGCUAGUGUGUGACGUGGUGACCCGUAUGGAGGACACGGAGCCGUACUCGGCAGAGCUCCUCACGGCCAUGCAGAAGGUCUGGGCCGACGCAGGCACCGCCGAGUGCUUCAACCGUGCCCGGGAAUACCAGCUCAACGACUCCGCCCAGUACUACCUGGACAGUUUAGACCGCAUCGGAGCCUCCGACUACCAGCCCACAGAGCAGGACAUCCUCAGGACCAGGGUGAAGACCACCGGGAUCGUCGAGACCCACUUCACCUUCAAGAACCUUCACUUCAGGUACCUGGUCCCCAGCCCUGGGCCCCUGGGGCCCGUGGCCCCCUGGGGCCUGCAUGGCCGCCCGUCACGGCCCCUACGCGUCAGAACUCAGAGGUUGACAGAUGUCUGCUCUCUGUCCACCAGGCUGUUUGACGUCGGAGGUCAGCGGUCCGAGAGGAAGAAGUGGAUCCACUGCUUUGAGGACGUCACCGCCAUCAUCUUCUGUGUGGCCCUGAGUGGCUACGACCAGGUGCUCCACGAAGACGAGACAACGAACCGCAUGCACGAGUCCCUCAUGCUGUUCGACUCCAUCUGCAACAACAAGUUCUUCAUCGACACCUCCAUCAUCCUCUUCCUCAACAAGAAGGAUCUGUUCGCUGAGAAGAUCAAGAAGUCCCCUUUGAGUAUCUGCUUCCCUGAAUACAUAGGUGCUAACACCUACGACGACGCCACAGCCUACAUCCAGGUUCAGUUUGAGAGUAAGAACCGCUCCCCCAACAAGGAGAUCUACUGCCACCUGACCUGUGCCACCGACACUGGGAACAUCCAGGUAGUGUUCGACGCGGUCACCGACAUCAUUAUCGCAAACAACCUGAGGGGGUGUGGCUUAUACUGAGGCCGGGCCGCCGGCUGCCAUGGGGAGUAUGAGGUGUUAAUAAUGAUAAUUUUGAUGAUACUAAAACACAAAAAUACUGUAUGUAAAUCGACACGUCCACACGGACCCAAAGAGCUGCCGUCAGACACCACACUGAAUUAUUGCCAUGUUUGGUUCCUCUCCCAUCUUCUCUGUUUUGAGUUCACUAUACAAACCCUGGGUGUGUUUUAAAAAAAAAAGUGUUUUCACAAAAUAAAUGUUUAAUUGUUUUUUCUUGAUUGUACCAGCAAUUAUGAAGAUGAGAACCGCGGCACUAGGGGCUAUGAGCAGCCUUGCCUUGUUUUUUGCAAAACCUAGAAAUCCGAUGCACGGAAUGCACAAUGUACUCUUUUAACAUUUCCUUAAAAAAACACAAAAAAAAAAGAUAGUGGUCGUCCUUUACAUUUGAUCAGCGAGGCCGAGAGAGCCGCUGUCCUGCUGAAUAACCCCUGGUGCCGCCCGGCCACAGAUGCUCUACUUCUAUAUAUAUAUAGGUGGUGGUGGUGGUGUAGGGGGGGAACUGUACCGGUGGCUGGGGGUCAUGCUGGAGAUGAACAGAGCUCUUUAGCGCUCACUGGGACAAAGCUCCCCUUUCUUCUGGUCGCACAUGACUGCUUAAUGCCAGUAGCCUGCAGGAACCUCCGUUUGUCUUUCUCACUCUUUCUUUCUCUUCAAACACAUAAAGGAGAUGAGGAUGGCUCUGUUAAAGUGGCGCCGGCUCUUUUUAUAUUGGGCCCCCUGCAGUGGAUAGAAUGCCUCUGAUCAGCCAAUGAUAGGUGGGGGGGGGGAUGUCAUAUCAGUGCCAACCUUCUGAGAAUGACAGGGAGAAGCCAUCAUGGGUCACUAGUGUCGAAUCACCUAAUGUCAUUGAAGCAACACCUUGCAUUUUAAUAUCAUCGGAUGAGUUAUUUAGACCUCAUGCCCUGCAUGCACCCUCCCACCUCCUUAGAACAUGCCCUCAUCCCCCCGUCACUCGAGGGGGGGCAGUAACCUGUGAACGAGUCGGAGGGCUCCGCCACCGCGACCGCCUGCAGCCCCCACUCUGAUAGACGUAGAACUCUACCGGGAUGGCGCCUUGACACGCCCCCCCUCUCCUGGGGGUUUACCCCCGCCCCCUCUCCAGUGAGCUAGGCGUCUAACCCUGCCCCCUCUCCAGUGAGCUAGGCGUCUAACCCCGCCCCCUCUCCAGUGAGCUAGGCGUUUAGCCCAGCCUCCUCUCCACUGAGCUAGGCGUUAAGCCCCCCCCCCUAUCCAGUGAGCUAGGCGUUUAGCCCCGCCCCCUCUCCAGUGAGCUAGGCGUUUAGCCCCGCCCCCUCUCCAGUGAGCUAGGCGUUUAGCCCCGCCCCCUCUCCAGUGAGCUAGGCGUUUAGCCCCGCCCCCUCUCCAGUGAGCUAGGCGUUUAGCCCUGCCCCUUCACAGACACAGUGCACCACCGCCCCCCGGUCUGUGGGUCUGUCAGCUGAGAAGAGGAAGUACAGCUCUCCAUCUCUCCACUCCUGAUAUCCAUCCUCCAUCCUCCUUUCCCUGUAUACUCUUUAUCUAUCACAUAUCACUCCUCAUAUGCUCUUUCCAUUCUCACCUUGAAACACCGUACUGUAUAUAUAUAUUAUGAUUAUACCAGAUUUUUUUUUUACUGUGAAUGUUUUUGUGCUGCAUCCCAUCCUACUCCGUAGUUUUAUUGGUUGCUCUCAUGUGGAAUGUUUGUGCUGAGCCAAUCGAAUGUUGUGUUUACAUUAAAGCCACACUUUUC